CCCCACCAGCGCCACCUCCGCCCAGGUGCACGCGCUCGUCACGUGAUUUAGGCACCAAUAAAGCCCUUCUGCCAGUGGCGGGAAGCCAAUUCCAUCCCCCUAUAACUUUUCUUUUUCCCAUCUCCGAUCCUCUGCACUCCCUUUCUUUCCCUCGUCCGGGAGAUCACGAUGAGCGGUGGCGGCAAGAGGCGCGGCCCUCCAGCGGGCGCCCCUCGCAACCCCCCGAAGCGACUCCAGGCGGGCAGCGCCGCCGGCAGCCCAAACCUUCAGCCUCCGCCGGCGGGAACGGAGGAGGAGAUGUUGGACGAGGACGUCUUAUUGGAGGAAACCCUCCUCAAGUACGAGGAGGACGAGGAGGCCCUCCUCUUCCUCCGCAAUGAGGCCCUUUCCUCCCGCCUCUCCAAGUGGAAGCGCCCCUCCCUCUCCCCUUCUUACCUCUCCCUCUCCCAAAGCAUCCUCUUCCAGCAGCUUGAAAUCGACUAUGUGAUCGGUGAAAGACAUAAAGAAUUCCUUCCAAAUUCCUCUGGCCCUGCUGCAAUUCUUAGGAUCUUUGGUGUCACUAAAGAAGGUCAUAGUGUAUGCUGUCACGUGCAUGGGUUUGAACCCUAUUUCUACAUUUGCUGCCCUGCGGGAAUGGGCCCUGACGACAUCUCACGUUUCCACCAAACCCUAGAGGGGAGAAUGAGGGAGUCUACUAGGAACAGUAAUGUGCAAAGGUUUAUAAAGAGGAUUGAAUUGGUGCAGAAGAAGAACAUCAUGUACUUUCAGCAGCACCCGUCUCAGCCUUUCCUCAAGAUCGUGGUUGCUUUGCCAACAAUGGUUGCUAGCUGCCGUGGCAUUCUAGAAAGGGGUAUAACGAUCGAAGGGCUUGGUUCAAAGAGUUUCCUUACAUACGAAAGCAACAUCCUUUUUGCACUUCGUUUUAUGAUUGACUGUGACAUUGUUGGAGGCAAUUGGAUUGAACUUCCUGCAGGGAAGUAUAAGAAAACAACCAGGAGCAUUUCUUAUUGCCAGCUGGAAGUAGAUUGCUUAUAUUCUGAGUUGAUUAGCCAUGUUCCAGAAGGAGAAUACUCUAAAAUGGCUCCAUUUCGCAUCUUAAGUUUUGAUAUUGAGUGUGCGGGUCGUAAAGGACUCUUCCCUGAGCCAACUCAUGAUCCUGUUAUUCAGAUAGCCAACUUAGUCACUCUUCAGGGCGAGGAUAAACCUUUUAUACGCAAUGUCAUGACUCUUAAAUCAUGCGCUCCAAUAGUUGGAGUUGAUGUGAUGUCAUUUGACACAGAAAGAGAUGUCUUGCUUGCUUGGAGGGAUUACAUUCGUGAAAUAGAUCCUGACAUUAUUAUUGGAUACAAUAUAUGCAAAUUUGACCUGCCAUAUCUCAUUGAGAGAGCUGAAGCCCUUAAGUUAGCAGAGUUUCCAAUCCUUGGCCGCAUCAGAAAUAGUCGGGUUCGCGUACGGGAUACAACUUUCUCCUCAAGGCAGUAUGGCAUGCGAGAAAGUAAAGAAGUAACUGUAGAGGGAAGAGUUCAGUUUGAUUUGCUUCAGGUUAUGCAAAGGGAUUACAAGCUUAGUUCAUAUUCUUUGAAUUCUGUUUCUGCACACUUUCUGCAAGAACAAAAAGAGGAUGUUCACCAUUCAAUAAUAUCUGAUCUUCAAAAUGGUAAUUCGGAGACAAGAAGGCGGCUCGCUGUCUAUUGCUUAAAGGAUGCAUAUCUUCCGCAGAGGCUCUUAGACAAAUUGAUGUUCAUCUACAACUAUGUGGAGAUGGCACGAGUCACUGGUGUCCCUAUCUCAUUUCUGCUUGCGAGAGGACAAAGCAUUAAGGUCCUUUCUCAACUUCUCAGGAAGGCAAAGCAGAGGAAUCUUGUCAUUCCAAAUAUUAAAGGGCAAGCAUCUGGACAAGAGACUUUUGAGGGUGCAACUGUUUUGGAGGCCAAGGCUGGAUUCUAUGAAAACCCCAUCGCAACAUUGGACUUUGCUUCUUUAUAUCCAUCCAUCAUGAUGGCAUACAAUCUAUGCUAUUGCACUUUGGUGACACCAGAGGAUGCUCGCAAACUGAACUUGCCUGCAGAAAGUGUUAAUAAAACUCCAUCUGGCGAAAUUUUUGUUAAACCUGAUUUACAGAAGGGCAUACUUCCAGAAAUCCUUGAAGAGCUUAUAGCUGCUCGUAAAAGGGCAAAAGCUGAUCUAAAGGAAGCCAAAGAUCCAUUUGAGAAGGCUGUACUAGAUGGCCGCCAGUUGGCUUUAAAGAUCAGCGCAAAUUCUGUUUAUGGGUUCACCGGAGCUACCGUUGGCCAAUUACCUUGUUUAGAGAUAUCUUCUAGUGUGACAAGCUAUGGUCGGCAGAUGAUUGAGCACACAAAGAAGCUUGUUGAGGAGAAGUUCACAACAGCGGAAGGUUAUGAUCAUAAUGCAGAGGUGGUUUAUGGAGAUACUGACUCAGUUAUGGUGCAAUUUGGGGUGCCAACUGUGGAGGCUGCGAUGAAAUUGGGAAGAGAAGCAGCUGAAUAUAUAAGUGAAACUUUCAGGAAGCCCAUCAAACUAGAGUUUGAGAAGGUCUACUAUCCGUACUUACUAAUCAGCAAGAAGAGAUAUGCUGGAUUGUUUUGGACAAACCCUGAAAAAUAUGAUAAAAUGGAUACCAAAGGCAUUGAGACAGUCAGAAGGGACAACUGUUUAUUGGUAAAAAACCUGGUAAAUGAGUGCCUUCAUAAAAUAUUAAUUGAUCAAGAUGUACCUGGAGCAGUUCAAUAUGUCAAAAAUACCAUUUCUGAUCUUCUGAUGAACCGCAUUGAUUUAUCUCUUUUGGUUAUAACAAAGGGUUUGACAAAAACAGGAGAUGAUUAUGCAGUAAAAGCUGCGCAUGUUGAACUUGCUGAACGAAUGCGGAAGCGAGAUGCAGCAACUGCUCCAAAUGUUGGAGAUCGUGUUCCAUAUGUUAUAAUUAAGGCUGCAAAAGGCGCCAAGGCUUAUGAAAGAUCAGAAGAUCCCAUAUAUGUUCUGGAGAACAACAUCCCCAUAGACCCCCAAUACUACCUUGAAAAUCAAAUCAGCAAGCCACUUCUGCGAAUAUUUGAGCCAAUUCUAAAGAAUGCAAGUAAAGAGCUUCUUCAUGGAAGCCACACCAGAGCUGUCUCUAUUUCAACUCCUUCAAACAGUGGUUUGAUGAAAUAUGUUCAUAGACAACUUAGCUGCCUUGGAUGCAAAGCACUGAUCAGUAAUGCUGAACAAACACUCUGCUCGCAUUGCAAAGGAAGAGAAGCUGAGUUGUACUGCAGAACAGUAGCUAAUGUUUCCGAGUUGGAGCUGCUUUUUGGGAGGUUGUGGACACAAUGCCAAGAAUGCCAAGGUUCUCUUCAUCAAGAUGUGCUGUGCACUAGUCGUGAUUGUCCAAUCUUUUAUCGAAGGAAGAAAGCACAAAAGGAUAUGGCUGAAGCUAAGAUGCAUCUUGACCGAUGGAACUUCUGAGCCCCUUCUCAAUGUUGUACGUCCUCGAUAUUGAUUGCAGUAGCACUGCAGUGUCUUGCAGUCAUCGGUGUUUCGUCCUCAGGUUUUCUUAUGAGUUAUGAGUCACAAGCUCGUGUUAGAAUAUAUGAUGGAUAAAUCAAUCAUUUGUAGGUUCAUCUCAAAGUGUGACGGCCAAGUAGUGUAACGUCCACCUGCUGAUGGUGAUCAAAGAGCAAAUCGAGCUAGAUUAUAAGGUGUCUGUUGGGGUGCAUUAGUCCAACAGAAAAGAGGGAUGAACAAUCGCAGGUCACAGGGCACACUAAUGUGGAGCUAGGCUGAUAUUUUAUUUAUCUCUUGUUGUAGUUAUGAUGAAUUUGUAAAGUACGAUUGGCUUUCCACAAUGGAAUAUGCUCUCUUAACUCGCUGUCA